UCUGUCUCCAUAGCAACCGCAGACAGCGCGUCCCAGGCAUGGCCGGUCCUGAAGUUUAUAGAAUAUCUUUUGUUUUUCCAAAUAAUGACAAAUAUGAUGGUGAGUGUGUAAGAACACCUGAUGGUGCUCUUGAGAGGCAUGGAGAUGGAGUUCAUACCACCCCUAAUGGAAUUACUUACACAGGAAACUGGAAAAAUGAUAAGAUGAAUGGCAUUGGAAGGCUUGAGCAUCCCUCAGGGGCAGUUUAUGAAGGCGAGUUCAAGGACAACAUGUUUCAUGGACUAGGAACCUAUUCAUUUCCAAAUGGAGCAAAGUACAUUGGAAAUUUCAAUGAAAACAAGCUGGAAGGUGAAGGAGAAUUUAUAGAUACCCAAGGCCUGGAAUGGAGUGGCACAUUUCAUUACACAGCAGCACCAGGACUGAAGCUUAAGCUGGAAAUGUAGCUAUUUUGCACUAAAGGUAACAUGUAUUAAAUACUGUUCUUAUGCUGGAUUUUGACUUAAUAGUUGUAAGCAAGGUUUACAAUAGCAACUGAUGUCUUAACAUAUUUAUUAUAAAUAAUU